UCUUUGUUAAAUUCAGUAACAUUUCUGGUUACUGAAAUACAAGAAAGAAGUGAUCUUCACAUUCUGGCCACCCCAUCAAGGUCUUUGAGAAAGUGGUGGAAAUUGUUUCUUGUCUUGAGAAGCACCAUUUCGAAUCAAUGAACAUGGACCAUAAGAAUUCUCGACCUGUUUGCACAACCUCUCAUGAUAGCAAUGUGGGUCUUGUUUGCCACUAUCAGUUUGAAAAUGGGUCAUCUCAGUUUGUGUUUUUGGAUGUUGAGAAUGGAAGUGGAGCUGUCCUUGACCAUUCCCUCAGCUUCUUUACUGAAAACUUUGUGCAGACCCUUGCUUCUAGCAAUGGCUUAAUUCUCUUGUCUGGUUAUAGUGGGGAUCAUUCCUGCUACUAUGUGUUGAAUCCCCUUACCAAAAACUCUGUCAUGAUCCCUCAAACUUGUAUCGAUGGUUGUGUUGUUAGAGUUGGAUUAGCCUUUGAUGGAUGCCAAUUUGAAGUUGUGCUUGUUGAAGCAGGGUCUUCCAAAUCCAAUGGACUAGAAUUUCAUAUUUUCUCUUCUGACACUGGAAAAUGGAGGAGACACCCUGCUAUCAAUUUAACUAUUCCUUCUUUGCCAGAAUUUGAGUUCCAAGAGCUUGGCACCCCUCCUCUUUACUCCAAUGGGGCAAUCCAUUGGGAAAUAGGUGGAUAUUUGCUUGUGUAUCAAGUCAAAGGAAGCCAUUGUGAGCUAUAUGAACUGCCAAAUUUGUUUGAGGAUUGGUCUUGGCAAUCAACAAUGACUCGUCGUUGUUUGUGUGAAUCAGGAGACAGGGUUUACUAUUGUUACACUGAUUUAGAUGGUUUUCACAUUUGGGAUCUUCUCAAGGACCAUGAUCAUCUUAGAUUCUUCUGUGCUUCCAAUGAUCCCAAAAAGUUUAGAUGGAGAUUAGUCCACACUGUCAAUCAUGAAGUCUUUAUGUCUAAGCACCAAAACUUUUUUUAUGGCAACUUAUGUGACUGGGAGCCUUAUAAGAUUACACCAAUUGCCUAUAGUGAACAAGCACAGACCAUAUAUUUGCAGCUUCCAGGAACUGUUGUUUCAUACAAUUUUGAUACAGGAAAUCUGAGAUCAAUCUGCACCUACUCAUAUCCAGGCAUAAACUUCGAUUGCUUCUCAUUCCUUCCUUCAACUACUUUUGGGCUUCCUAAUGCACAGAAAGAGAGGGACAUGCUGACUAAUGGAGAAACUGAGCUAAAUCUACCUAUAGCAGAAAUUGAAAAGUUAGCCCUUUAAAUCAAGUUUUGGUAUAGUGAUGAUGAUGGUGAUUCUGGUACCAAUAAGCUUUCAUAUAUGCUAGUAUUAAUUUUCAGGUUUUGCUUUGUAAACAAUUAUGUGGAAGAAUGUGUGUGUGU